UAUAUAAACAUGUUUUUUAAUAUGAAGGCCUUCAGUUCUUUCGAUAGCGCACUGCCAGUCACAAUGUCCAGAUUAUUUAUAUUCGUAUUUAUUGCAUUUUGUGUUAAUAAUAUUUUCACUUUAGAUCCCAAAUGUACGUUGCCAUUGGAAACAGGAAUUUGCAGAGCUGAAUUACACAGAUUCGGUUACGAUACUAAACUGAAGGAAUGUACGCAAUUCGUGUACGGCGGUUGCCAUGGCAACGAAAACAAUUUCAAAUCUUUGGAGGAUUGUCGAGCGGCCUGCAAGUAGAAUAUACAAACCAUAUUGAACUCUAUUCUUAAAGAAAUAAGUAUCAAACUACCACACAGACUUUAACAUGUCACUGCGAAUCGUACAACUGCUUCUACAGAAACUUAGAUAAAGAAAUUAAUGACUGACCCGAAGAUAAAACAAUUCGCUGGUGUCCAAUAGCGGUGCAAAUAAAAAAUCGAUCGAUUCAUUGAAGAUUCCAAUUGUUUGUUACCAAUUUUUUUUAGAGGUAUUUCUGUGAUAAGUUCUAUUGAAACAGAGUAGACUAUAUUUUCGUAUAACCCGCCCAUGUAAAUGUGCCAGUUCGUUAAUAUUACGUUCCCAGCGUGUGAGGCCUAUUUAACUCGGCGGGUUAUACUAAGUGGUUCGUAUUAUGAUUUAUGUUAAUAUGUUAUUUUAAAUACUGAACAAGUCUGUUUAAAAAUAUUUUAAAAAUACAUUUUUAUAGUCUUUAAAUUUCAUCAUCAGAAUUCAGGCAUUAUACAUCAGUAUAGUGCAACAUAUUUUUUUUUUAAUUAAAUAACUUUAUUGAACAAAAUAAAGUAUGGUACAAAAGGCGGACUAAAUGCUAGUAGCAUUCUCUACCAGUCAACUUUAGGGGGUGAACAGUGAAUCACCUAUGUGGUACUUCAUUAUUGAGAUAGAUAAAGAAAAAAACAAUUAUUAAUGCAUAUCUAAGAAAUAAAUAUUACACAUAUAAAUAAUA